AUGUCUCUCUUCCGCACCAACUUCCCAGCCAGCGGCGACUUCUCGCCUCUCUUCCGUCUUCUCGACGACUAUGACCAUCACCGCUCUGGCAACCAGUCCGCCUUGCGCACCUUUAACCCUCGCUUCGAUGUUCGCGAGAGCAACGAUGCCUACCACCUAGACGGUGAGCUGCCCGGUAUUGCCCAGGAGAAUAUCGAAAUUGAGUUCUCCGACCCGCAAACGCUUGUCGUGAAGGGUCGCACCGAGCGCUCUUACCGCACCGAGCCUCAGGCCGAAGCCGAGGAGGGCGACAAAUCUGAUGCUGUGGCCAAGACUGACAAGACAAACAAGUCCGGCAAGACCACCUACUGGGCUAGCGAGCGCGUUGUUGGGGAGUUCCAGCGCACCUUCGCCUUUGGUCAGCGCGUCGACCAGGACGCUGUCAAGGCCAGCCUCAAGAACGGCAUCCUGUCGGUCACCAUUCCGAAGGCGACCACCACCGCCACCAAGAAGAUCACUAUUGAGUAA